AUGAGCUCCCAAUACGGGACAGACUUCCCAGCCUUCGUUGUCCUUAAGAUGGCGUUCUGCCAUUCAGGGUCUCUCGAGCUCUGCCACUUGCGCGUGUGUGCUCGAUUGCGCCUCGAGUGCCCAAGACUUGUCGGCUUCUCGCCUGGUAUGCCUGCUGUCGACAUUGAAUCAUACAACCCGGCUUGGGCACCCGAUGAACCUUUCAGUGUUCUGCAGACCGAGCGGGGGCUCUAUAAUGGGGAACUGGUAGCCUGGGGUGCCUGGGGUGUGCUCCUUGCAGUAUGCAUUCAAUGCAUCGCCGUACUCUGGCGUAACAUCCAGCGAGGCAACAGGCGGCAUCGGUAUCUCCUCGUAUACAUCAUCGUAAUGACAGCUCUUGCCACUGCUGGAGUCGCCAUGACGGCUAAAUGGCAGCAAAUAUAUCUGAUCGACCAGAGAAACUAUCCUGGAGGCCCCAUGGCGUACUAUGCAAAGUUUGCUGUUAACUCGCUUUCCGUUGCCGGUCGUUUCUGCGCAUUCAUAAUGAAUUGGAUGGCCGACGGGCUCUUGAUAUGGCGUCUUUAUGUCAUCUACCAAGGAGCAUUGCUCUUCGUCACACUUCCGACCCUGACCUUUCUCGCCUCCUUUGCAAUGUCGAUUGUCGAACUCGAUGCUGUGACACGGCCGAAUUCGUCGGUAUUUGCGUCAAGCAGCGUGAACUUGGGCUUGAUCUACUGGUCUCUGUCUAUUGCUGUCAACGUCCUCGUCACAGCACUGAUAGUUGCGCGUGUCUACUUCGCACAGCGUGCCCUCGAUCACGCUUUCGGUGUAUCGUCCAGGCGUUCGGAUAGGCUAUACUCUAACGUAUCCGCCAUAUUGAUCGAGAGCGCUGCGCUGUACACCAUUCCUGCGAUUAUCUUCCUCGUCGGGUACUCGCUUCAGUCGACGUUGCAGUUUACAGCGGGCCCACUCGAGUGCAUACAGGGAAUAGCUCCUCUCCUCAUCAUCCUCAGGGUUGCGAAUGGGACAGCAUACACUUCCGCCACUAUUUCUGAGACCUCACGUUCAUCGGUGCCCGGCAUUCUCUUCGGGCGGCCGAGCCGCUCGCAGUCGGAGCACGAGUCGCAGUUGCAGAGCUUCGCGUCGCCUGCCGUUUGCGUCCCCUUCGCUCAGAAAGACGAGACCAAGCGAUCACCGUCUCGCUCGGAGGGAGAACUCACCGUAUAUCCAACUUCUGUCGAAACUCGUUGA